CCGCCAGAGGCGCGCUUUGAUUGGCUGCGCGUACUAUUUACCUCCUCUCCGGACGCCGCGUCACGCAGUGAGGCCGAGGGACCGCGAGCGGCGCAGUGAGCAUUUUAGAUCUGCCUGUGAACCUGGUGCACCACCAUGCUGGCAGCAAGGCUCGUGUGUCUCCGGACCCUACCUUCCAGAGUUUUACACCCAUCCUUCACCAAGGCCUCCCCUGUCCUCAAGAAUUCCAUCAGGAAGAGUCAAUGGCUCUUAACACCCAGCAGGGAAUAUGCCACCAAGACAAGAGUUGGAACCCGACGUGGGAGAACUGGCCAGGAGCUCAAAGAAGCAGCGUUGGAACCAUCGAUGGAAAAAAUAUUUAAAAUUGAUCAGAUGGGAAGGUGGUUUGUUGCUGGAGGGGCUGCUGUUGGUCUCGGAGCUCUGUGCUACUAUGGCUUGGGAAUGGCUAAUGAGAUUGGAGCUAUUGAAAAGGCCGUAAUUUGGCCUCAGUAUGUGAAGGACAGAAUUCACUCCACCUACAUGUACUUAGCUGGAAGUAUUGGCUUAACUGCUUUGUCUGCCUUGGCAAUUAGCAGAACUCCUGUUCUCAUGAACUUCAUGUUGAGAGGCUCUUGGGUGACAAUUGGUGCAACCUUCGCGGCCAUGAUUGGAGCUGGGAUGCUGGUACGAUCGCUGCCCUAUGACCAGAGCCCAGGCCCGAAGCACCUUGCUUGGUUGCUGCAUUCUGGUGUGAUGGGUGCAGUGGUGGCUCCUCUGACCAUACUCGGAGGGCCUCUUCUCAUCCGAGCCGCGUGGUACACAGCUGGAAUCGUGGGAGGCCUCUCCACUGUGGCCAUGUGUGCACCCAGUGAGAAGUUUCUGAACAUGGGCGCCCCCCUGGGCGUGGGCUUGGGGCUCGUCUUCGUGUCCUCGCUAGGAUCUAUGUUUCUUCCCCCUACGACUGUGGCUGGUGCCACUCUGUACUCGGUGGCGAUGUACGGGGGGUUGGUUCUGUUCAGCAUGUUCCUUCUGUACGACACCCAGAAAGUGAUCAAGCGGGCGGAAGUGAUACCAGCCUACGGGGUGCAGAAAUACGACCCCAUCAAUUCGAUGCUGGGAAUCUACAUGGAUACAUUAAAUAUAUUCAUGCGGGUUGCAACCAUGCUGGCAACCGGAAGCAACAGAAAGAAAUGAAGUGGCAGCUCUGGCUUCUCCACGCCGCCCGCUUCCUUGCUUGUUGACUCGGGGCAGAUCCUCACCAUGUCGCUUGUUCAAGAGCUGGAACUGAAGUGUGGGAGAUAAAACUUGUCAGCGUGUUGAAAACGUCCCAGUAAUGUGAGGCUUCAGGUCUGCUUUUUCUUAGAAUAAAUUAAGUACUUCUCUUCCAAAUAAGCACACACAUUUCCACUUCUCACUUUUAAGUAAUUUUAAAAUGUUCAGUUUUCUGUUAAAGGGAAUUAAAGUAUUUUGCCUGUUUUUGAAUUCAUCAGGUCGAGUAAAGUUAACAAACUUGCAUUUGUCUGCGGAAUAUCUCAGGUGUUAUCAUAAGUGACCUAGAGGUUUGCUAAAGGGACCAGAGAAGAAAAGGGUCGCCCAGUCUGUCUCCGAAUACUUAGGAUGGAGCCCUUGCGUGAUUAGUGGUGCGCCAAUGAGAGCCCUCUGGGGACUUGGGAACAGGCGGCUGCUCUUACUGUGGGAUUUAGCGCACAGACCAGGGAUGCAGCCCCUCCUGGGCUCUCUCAGGGCAGGUGUGACCCUGGUUGGCUUUUUGUUGUCAGGGUGGUACAGGAUGUCAGUCGUGUAGAAAAUUCCCUGAUGAAAAUGUGUGUAUGAGUUUUACUUUCAAAUCUGCUGAAAUAAAAGAUCCUUAAAACUGUU